AUGUCGAAUCUCUCUAGAGAAGAGCCCAGCACCGCCCCGAAGACAGAUCAAUGGUAUGAUCUCGUCCUCGGUCCUUCUGCUAAGGAUGAUUCCUCCCAUAAGUUCUGCACUUUGCGAUACGAAUUUAAACCGGCUUCCAUUGACAAGAGAAGGUCAGGAACUCUGCACAAGAAGAAGGAUAACAGAGUCUCAGUCGAGUUUCAAAACAACCAACCUGGUAAACCCAAGGUGACGUUUGAAGGCAGCAGCGAGGACUACAAAGAGAACGACGCGGUGCUGUUUUUCGACGGUGAGAAGUUCCGGCUGGAGAGGUUGCAUCGGGCUGUGAAGCAGCUGCGACAUCGUAGGACGCCCGAUGAAUCUGCUGCGUCUUCUCAGUCUGGUGCAGUGCCUGUGGAGCAUCGGUUAUCUCCUGUUGGUCGUCCUGCCAAAUCUCCACAUGUGAAUCGAAGUUUGCCUCCUGAAGUGCCUGUUGAGGUGGAGAGAAUCGAAAUUGGCAAGUCAGAGAACUCAGCUGAAGCUACUAUCCCUGCAAACACAUCAGCUGUAUCACCAGUUGUGGAAAAGAACGAUGAGGACGGAGAAGAACAUCACGAAAUCGAUUUCGUGGAGAUAUUCGGCUCAUUUACACCAGAGAACGAGAAUGUAGACAUAGACAAAGACGAUGCUGAUGAUGAUGAUGGUGGAGAAUACGUGGAGGAUUUAAACAAGCAGCUAAGCAUGAUGGAAGAGGAGAUCGCAGAUGUGGAUGAUGACACCACGUUUACAUCCGAAGGUCUCAACGCAGCGGAAGCGCUUAGAGCGCAAGUGAACUUAGAGGUGCAGAAAGGUGGAAGCUCAAGCUCGAGCUCAAGCAGUAGCAGCGGAAGCAGCAGUGGAAGUGACAGUGAUGGCCGGAGCAAAAGCAGUGGAAGUAGCAGCGGAAGCAGUAGCCGUAGCCGUAGCCGUGGAAGCGGAGGGAAUGAGAAUGAGAUUGAGAUUGACGAUGAAGAUGAAGUCAACUCCGUUUAG